CAAGCCAUGCGCUGAGCUUCGGUUGGCCCGGCUUCCUUGAGGCGUGAGCUCGGUCUGUCCAAUGAGGAGCGAGCGUCGCGGGGGCUGUCGGGAAGGGCGGCCGACCCAUAUAAGCAGCCUGCGGGGCGUUCCCUCGCGUUGUGGUUGCUGUGCGGGUUUCGGUUGGAGGACUCGCUGGGGAGGUGGCCUGCGCUCGUAGAGACUGCAUCCCCGAGACGAUGGCGGAGGGAGAUAAUCGCAGCACCAACCUGCUGGCUGCAGAGACUGCAAGUCUGGAAGAACAGCUGCAAGGAUGGGGAGAAGUGAUGCUGAUGGCUGAUAAAGUCCUCCGAUGGGAAAGAGCCUGGUUUCCACCUGCCAUCAUGGGUGUGGUUUCUUUGGUGUUUCUGAUUAUCUACUAUCUAGAUCCAUCUGUUCUGUCCGGCGUUUCCUGUUUUGUUAUGUUUUUGUGCUUGGCUGACUACCUUGUUCCCAUUCUAGCGCCUAGAAUUUUUGGCUCCAAUAAAUGGACCACUGAACAACAGCAAAGAUUCCAUGAAAUUUGCAGCAAUCUAGUAAAAACUCGACGCAGAGCUGUGGGUUGGUGGAAACGCCUCUUCACACUAAAGGAAGAAAAACCUAAGAUGUACUUCAUGACCAUGAUCAUUUCCCUUGCUGCGGUUGCUUGGGUGGGACAACAAGUCCACAACCUGCUUCUCACCUACCUGAUAGUGACUUCCUUACUAUUGCUUCCUGGACUAAACCAACAUGGAAUCAUUUUGAAGUACAUUGGAAUGGCCAAGAGGGAGAUAAACAAACUUCUCAAACAAAAAGAAAAGAAAAACGAAUGAUUCAUCUGCUUUAAUCAGUGUGAUUGAUGCAGCACCCAUUGCCCCGGGAACCGUUUCUGCUGUACUGUCUGGAUACUAAAAUGUUACGGAAGUAGCUCUUUGUUCUCCCUCACUCUGCCCUUAGUUAAUAGAAAUUCAGACUCGCCACGUAAGGCUUCGUGCAUAGUGUCUUCACGUCGCGUAUAGUUGAGUGCGUUCUUAGCAGUUGGCUUCAUGGACAACUCAUUAGUGUGUAUGAUUUGUUUUGACUUUUCUUACCCAGCGUUAAUUGAAUUCUUGCUUUUAGACAACUUCCUUUUUGUAGUGGUGAACCUUGCCCUUUAGUACAGUUCAAGUGAAUCUGGAUAAUUGUUCAUCUUUGCUUUAGCUUAGAUACCAUGUAGUGGUCUGUGGCUACAGGAAGCUGGUUCUGUCUGCUUCCACAGUCUGCUUAAAAAACUGUCUGACUUCGUGAAUAUAGAGACCAAGUUUACCACUUCUGAUGAAGAGACCAAUUAAGAUUCAUUCCUCAUUCUGUUUCUUUCCAGUGGGAGAAGAGUCCCCAUGAAAUAAAAUGAAACUGAUUCCAUGCACUAGUACGUGUAGGCUUCUCCCUUGUGCAAAGCUUAGCAAUUUGUAGGAAACUUUGAUCUUUUUGUCCAAAAAAAAGGAAUGUCUGACAGGCUUAAGCUUUCGUCCCCUUGCACUUAGACUCAAAGUUAGUAAAUCCUUAAAGGCUUUUUAAUAGCAGACUUCCAAAAGAUUGCAUUUAGGAUUUCUAGCAUGCUUUUAAUUUCAGAUUUUCAGCUGACAUUAGCUAUAGUAUACAGUAGGUUAAGACUCAUGUCUAUGACUUUCACUCUAAGACCAGCAAAAGGACAGCAGUCUUCUAUGUUUAGUCAAUAUUCAUUUCAGUAGAAGAUAAUCUUACCUAAUUUUUGAGACCAGAAUAAGCCUUUUAAGGUAAACCUCAAAAUUAUCACUUUAUGGUAAUACUGACCAUUUUAGUCCCCUAGGUUUGACAUGGGAGAUAGUGACUACACUGGUGUCUGACUUUUUUCCUAGAGAUUUCUCCCUGAAAAAUACAAGGGCUGUUGGUGAGAGCAGACUUGAGGUGAUGAUAGUUGGCCUCUGGUCUACAAAGAUUUCAUAACUCCUUGGAAGGCUUCUUAUAAUCAUUCUUAACUUCUAGGUAGCUAGAAAUUUAGAGUAGUUGAAAUCUUUAGGAAUGAACUUCUGAGGGCCAAAAAAUGUGACUGACAGGAACAAUUCUUAAACUGAUUAACUAGCUGUAAUAUAGUUUUGUGAAUUUAUUGCACUGAUGUUGUACCUUGUGGUAUAUCUGUCCCUAUUAAAUAAGUGUUGUUUUCUCCUCUUUAAUAUUGCUGUGAACAGUGGUGCCCAUUGUAGCAUAUGUUUGAUUUUUUUUUAAUAUUUCAUAAGAAAACUACCUUAAUUUUACCUUACUUUCAUUGUAAAUAAGCCUGUCUUCCUAUCUGGAUUUUUUUUGUGCAUACAUAUUCUACUGAUUAACUACUUUUGCAGUUUUAAUCCUGUAUUAUUUCUUCUACUUUGUUUUGUGUAAAAGGGGAAAAAAUAAAAAAAGCUGGAAUCUU